UCUUUUGCUCCACUGAAGAUGUUUAUAAAGGUGAGUAUCACUCUGCCGGAGGUGAAGAGACAAAAAGGGACAAGUGUGAGAGGAAUGAGCAGAAAGCAGGGCACAUCAUGGCCCGUGUUGUUGCUGUUGCUUCCUUUGUACAUGUGGGGAUCAGACUUCUUUUUAUCAUGCUGGAAUUAGGACAAGCGUCUGAAAUGUACACAGGAUCACUAGGUGCAACAGCCUCUGGAGAUGUAAUCAUCGGAGGCCUCUUUCCCAUUCAUUUAACUGUGGAGAAAAACAACAACUCCUUUGCACCUCACCUUCAGAAAUGCAUCGGGUUAGAACAUCGACGCCUGGUCAAAGCUCUGGUUAUGAUCAACGCCAUAGAGACCGUGAAUAAAUCCCCUCUUCUGGCUGAUGCUAACAUCACUCUGGGCUACUGGAUCAUGGACUCCUGCUCCGAUGUCAGCACCGCUCUGAGAGCCACAGCAAAGUUCACUGGUCAGACAGACUGCCACACAAACAACAGCAGCAACAACAGCAACAACACCUCUGCACAAACACCACCGGUCAUGGCUGUGAUCGGGGCCGCCCACUCUGAGAUGUCCAUCGCCGUUGCCAGACAACUGACCCUCGAGAUGAUUCCUCAAAUCAGUUAUUCAUCAACUGCUGUCAUUCUAAGUGAUAAAAGUCGGUUUCCUGCCUUCCUGAGGACCAUUCCCAAUGACGUGCAUCAGACGGCUGCUAUGGUCAGACUCCUCAAAAACCAUGGAUGGAACUGGGUGGGAUUCGUUUUCACAGAUGGAGAUUAUGGCAAAUCAGCCCUUGAUAACUUUGUGUCCCAGGCCUCAGAACAGGGGAUCUGCGUGGCCUUCAAAUCCACCCUACCUGGAUCUUUAUCCGGUCCAGACAUCGACUCUGCCAUCAGGCUGGCUGCCAGAACCAUCUACAACAAUCCUAAAGUCAAAGUGAUUGUGUCAUUCAGCAAGUCGACUCACAUGAAAUUGUUGUUCCAGGAGCUGAGCAGGCAGACGCUGGAAGCAGGAGAUAACAUAACUGCGAUGAAACGGGUUUGGAUCGCCAGUGACAGCUGGUCCUUCUCAAACUUUGUGAGUGGAGAUUUAAACCUGGAGGACAUUGGACAUAUCGUGGGUUUCACUUUCAAAAGUGGAGACCUAUCGUCCUUUGCUCAGUACCUAAACAGACUGGAAACAUUUGAAAACAUCGACACAAACAAUAACCCUUUCCUGCAGGAGCUCUACAUGCAGUUGAACAAGAGUAAAAGCCCGUGGACUGAAGUUGUGACAUCCCUUAGAGCUCACACUGAUGCUGACAUAGUGUUCAGCAUUGAGAUGGCUGUCAGUGCUGUUGCUCAGGCUGUGGCAUCUUUAUGCCGGAGUAAAGACUGUAAAACACCAGGCUCAGUUCAACCUUGGAAGUUGCUGGAAGAACUGAGGACGCAGGAGUUUGAAAAAGAAGGGAAGAAAUAUAAGUUUGACAAAAGAGGUGACAUUAAUCUGGGCUACAACAUGACAAUGUGGAGGUCACACGAGGGGAAUAUCCACGUGCAUGACGUCGUGGCUGAGUAUCACCCGCACAACAACAGCUUCUCGUACACCAAGCACAGCAGCACCAUGCAGCUGAAGGAGCUGCAGCACAUCAUCUCUAAAUGCUCCAAUAGCUGCAUCCCUGGACAGUUUAAGAAAACAGCAGAGGGCCAACACACCUGCUGUUAUGAAUGCAUCAACUGUACCGAGAACUACUACUCAAAUAACACAGAUAUGGACCAGUGUCUGAGCUGUGACUCCAACACACAGUGGGCCCCCGAGGGCAGCUCCAGCUGUAAAAACAAAGACCUUCUCUACUUCUCCUGGCGGGAUGGUUUCGCUGUGGUGCUGGUGUCGUUUGCCGGUCUGGGUAUCCUCCUGACUCUCCUGCUGUCGGCCCUGUUUCUCUAUCAGCGCAACACUCCUGUGGUGAAGGCUGCCGGGGGGCCGCUGAGCCAGGUCAUCCUGUUCUCCCUGGCUGUCAGCUUUGUGAGCACCAUGCUGUUUGUCGGGCGACCCAACAGCCUCCAGUGUAAGUGUCGGCAGGUGCUCUUCGGCAUCAGCUUCACGUUGUGCGUCUCCUGCAUCCUGGUCAAGACCCUGCAGAUCCUGCUGGCCUUCCAGUUCAACCCUGAGCUCCAGGAGGCCCUGAAGAAGCUCUACCAGCCAUAUGCCAUCAUCUUUGUCUGCGUGGCGCUGCAGGUCACUACCUGCAUCUGCUGGCUGGUCCUCAAAAGCCCUUACAACCGCACCAUCAGUAAUCCAACCACUCUGCUGGAAAACUGUCAUGAAGGUUCAUAUUUGGCUUUUGGAGUCAUGCUGGGCUACAUUGCUGUCCUCGCUUUUGUGUGUUUCAUCUGUGCCUAUAAAGGCCGCAAACUGCCAAACCAGUACAAUGAGGCCAAGUUCAUCACCUUCAGCAUGCUCCUCUACCUCAUCUCCUGGAUGCUCUUUGUCCCUAUUUACGUCACCACCUCAGGGGUUUACCUACCCGCUGUGGAGAUGGUGGUCAUCCUCAUCUCCAACUACGGCAUCCUCAGCUGCCACUUCUUUCCAAAAUGUUAUGUGAUGCUUUUGAAAAAAGAAAAAAACACAAAGAGUGCCUUCAGGGAGACUCUGUAUGAAUACUCAUGUAGAUCUAUAAGCUCAUUCACGAUGUCACAGAGUUCAGGGUCUGAACUACCGAGCGGCAGUCCACAGACCAGCACCGUUAACAGCAGUGUUUCAUCCUUCCCUGUGAUCCCAGCUGAUCCUCCUCAAACCACAGUGGUGACAGACAGCACGGACGUAAGCUACUGCACAGUUCUGUACCAAGGUUCAAUCAUGAGACGAAAAUGUCUGAGAAGAAGCACCAGCAUCUAAACUAAUUAUUUAAAUGAGUGUAAUAAUAAUAAAAGUUGAAUUGUACUUUUUAUUUGUUUUGUUUUUUUAAAUUAAGAUUAUACAUCUGCACAUUUAUUUGUGAUUUAGUGG